AGUUCACUGUAGAAAGAAACACAAGCGAGAGGAGGAGGAUGAUGAUUGUCCAGUAAGAAAGAAAAGGCUAACUGAAGCAGGGCUCUGUGCUGGUCCUAAUGACUGGAUUCUUUGUGCACAUCAGGAUAUAGAGGGUCAUGGAGUAAAUCCAUGCACUAGUGGCCUUUCUGCGCCUGGCAUGUUAGAUGUUAUUUGUGAAGAGAUGGAUCAGACAACAGGAGAACCACAGUGUGAAGUUGCCCGAAGGAGGCUUCAGGAAAUUGAGGACAGAAUAAUUGACGAAGAUGAAGAAGUUGAAGCUGACAGAAAUGUUAACCAUCUCCCCAGCCUUGUCCUUUCUGAUACCAUGAAAACAGGUUUGAAGAGGGAAUUUGAUGAAGUCUUUACAAAGAAAAUGAUUGAGUCCAUGAGCCGUCCUUCCAUGGAGCUUGUGCUCUGGAAACCUCUCCCUGAACUCCUUUCUGAUAAGCCAAAGCCGUCAUCUAAUGCUAAGAACUACACAGGAGAGAGCCAAACUAAGCAUGCAGCUGCUGGCACUGCCUUCCCUCAAAGAACUGAACUGUUCUUGGAACCUCGGCAAACAGGGUUGCCUGUUUACAAUAGUUUGGAGACAGCUGCUUGCACAGAAGAAGAGAUGGAACUCUAGAAACCAGUUUCUACACUAAAGUUGUCAAAUUUUAGAAGGCUCAUGUGUCCAGUCAUGAGCCUGCUUGUAUAGUUUAGGGACUUGAAAGUUUUGAAACGGGUGUAAUAUCUCCACCUGUGAUUUGGGGUGGGACUCUCAUUUUGGGUAGCCAUUUUUUGAAUUCAGAUUUUUUUCUAAGGAAACUUGUCUCAAGGGAAAAGCAGUUUGCUAGGGAGCUUCUUAAAGGAAUGUGAGAUUACAUCCUGCAAAGUCAGGUGUAGAAGCUGUGUGUGUAAGCGUGACUUAAUCAUCUGUCACGUCUAAGCCAUUCAUACACUUGGAGAAUAUUCAGACACUUGAGUUGAAAAAGAUGCAUUAGGACAGAAGGAUGCUUCUACUACAAGUGUGCCCUGACAGUUGAGUCACGGCUUCAUCUGUAGAUGUGAGCUCUGUUUACAGCGGUGACUGUAUGACUAGGGGGAAGGAGGUAGACGGCAGUAGCUUAAGCCUAUUGCUAGGAAAUUUGACAGAGGCUCUGAAACUUGUGUGUUAGUUGCCAAUUCAGUGUAGUUGUAUUGAUUAAAUAGCCAGUAGCAUUGUGGCUCACCUCUGCCUCUGAAAAUGCAGUGAAAAUACAAAGAAAAGAUUUUUCCUUUGAGGCUUUUUUGCCUAGUGCUACGGUUGCUCUGUGGUUCCCUUGCAUAAUGGAUGAGCGCAGCUAUUCAGCAAUGUUUACAGCUUAAUUGACUUUGAAUGAUACAGUUUAAAAGAUUGUGAGGUAACUAUGUGCAAAUUGGCUCUGGGAGAAGCAUUUCUUAGGUAGUUCUGAGGAAGUGGCUGUAUCAGUUAAGCCCAGCAUGUAACUUCUGUAGUUAAAAAAGGUUGUGCCUGUAUAAGCACAUUGAGUUUUUUAAUGUUGAUUUAGAUAACUGAAUAAUUAACUGAGAACAUAUGGGGAAGUGACAUUGAGAUUAAUUGAAACGGCCAGUUUGCCUGGUGCUUCAACUGUUGUGUCGUAAACCUAAAAGUUAGUAGAGAACAGCUUCCUGCUGACAGGAAAUCUUCAUCUUGAGGACCUUAACCCAGGCUCAGGGUGUCCUCUGGGGGUAACCAGGAGUGAAGUUUUUUAUUUCUCAGGAAGCGCUCUUCUGCGUGGCAAGGACCCAGUAGUACAAAGUGCCGCAGAAUAUCCACUAUAACUUAUUAAAUGAGUAUAAUACUGGCCUUUUCAUCACACAACAGGAGACCACCCCAGUUCUUGUUUUGUUUUCUGGGUUUCUUUUGUCUUUGUAGAAUAAGAUAUCUUGUAUAGAGAAAAUGGUUUAUGCCAAUUAGAGGUGACUUUUUAGGAGGCAGCUCCCAGGCAAUUUUGAAACCCAUGCCGAGAUCCCUCGCCUUGUUACAGAUGGCAUAGAAGUCACAAGUCUGUUAAUUGGACUGUUUCUUCUCCUGUCUGUUGUUUCUAUUUUCUCUAUUUCUGUCUGGAUAGUCAGGAAAAGAUUUAAUGUUUAAUAUUUAAACAAUAUUUAAUGUCUACACAGUAAAAUUAUUCAAACUUCAAACCAGUAUUGAAACCAGUUGGAAACCAGCUAAUAGUUUUCUUAAUCUCAGAUUUAGAGAUGAAUGUAAACUGUAUUCUGUUGAAAUGUGCAAGUGUUUGAUUCAUGCCAUUUAAAAAACUCCUGCCUUUAGGUUAUUGUUUAAUGGGACCAACUUGUAAAGUUUGUAGCCUUAAAGAAAUCUCCAUGCUAAAAAGUUUGUUCUGGUACAACUCGAAAACAUGAAGUGAAUAAUUUGGAGUUAGUCCCAGUGUUCAGGUUAAGGGGAAGUGACAGCUUUCAAAAGAAGUACCCAAACACACUGUCUUCUGUGGGGAUUGUUGGGCAGGCCUCAGACCAAGGUCUGCAGAGUGAACAGAGGAAAGAAGAGCUUGGAAAUGAGGCUCUGCUACCACUGGUAGAUAGAGGUGAGAGCUAAGAUUCCGUUAGUGAAAAUCCAAACAACUUGUUUCAGGAGUCAUACUAUCUGAUGUGAUCAUUAUUUCUGCAGGAAAAAUGAGUGUUCAGUGCUCCUUUUUAAACUUUAUCUUGCUUACGUUUGUAUAGAAAUUGUCUUCUUCAUCCUUGUGGUGCUUGUUCAUCUGAGCCAUCUUCACAGUCCCCAUGCUUUGUUUUCCUUUUGCAGUGUAAGGCUUUUGCUUUUGCCUUAAGGUUUUCCUAGGGAAUUAACAGGUCUUUUCGUUUUGUAUAGCUUUUGCAGCAUGGAUUAAACAUUGGCUUACUAUGCUAAUGUGUGAAGAGAAAAAAUUACCUAAAGCAGGUGAGCUUUAAUGAACAAAUGUAUAUUUUCUCUGAGUUUGAGUAGGGUGUGUGGUGGUGUUUUUUGUUUGUUUGUUUGUUUUUUUAAUUCGAAAAAAGUCCAGCUCUCAAAAAUAUUAAGUAAAAAUUGCUACUCAUUCUUGAAAAGGUGCAAAUGUAAAGUUUGAAAAAAGGGUGGAAGCUAGAACCAUGAAAAGAAUGUUUACCAACAGGUUGAACCUUUUAAUUAUUUUGGAUCUGGAACUUGGUUUUUUUGUUUUUUAGUAGUAAUAAGAAUGGUGCAGUACUAGGAAAGUUUGGAAGAUGCUGUUUUACUUUAAAAUGAGAAUCUGGUGUCUCUGUAUUUUAUUGUUUUCAAUAAAACUUCUUAAGUGUUUUGGACUUUUUGAGAUAUUUGUAUUCCUGCACUUCAGUAAAUGAAAUCAGCUGUCA